GGAACUGUAUUAAAGGGUCGCGGCGUUAGGAAGGUUGAGAACCGCUGCUUUAGAGCUUGUUCAGAUGAUUGAACAUGAUAAUAACCGACGAAUGCUGCCCUCAGCAGAUGCAGAUCUGUGGCUCCAGAGCGGAUCCUGAGAAGUAUCUCUAGGCUCUCGGCCGAUGUCUUGGCAGCGCCUUGAUCUGAAGAUGUCACCCCGGGUGCUGUGGGGCAGCCUCAGCCUGCUCCGCCUGGUGUGGUGUGUCCUUCCACAGACAGGCUACGUGCACCCAGAUGAGUUCUUCCAGUCACCGGAGGUCAUGGCAGAGGACAUCCUGGACGUCGAGGCCGCCCGGCCCUGGGAGUUUCAUUCUAGCAGCGCCUGCCGCACGGUGGUCUUCCCGCUGCUGACCUCUGGCUUUGCCUUCUGGCUGCUCAAGAUCUGGAAAGAACUGGGCCCGUGGCCUGGCCUGGUGAGCGGCUAUGCGCUGCUGGUGGGGCCCCGGCUCCUCCUCACUGCCCUCUCCUUUGCCCUGGACAUGGCCAUCUACCACCUGGCCCCGCUGUGGAGGGCGGAGCGCUGGAAUGCCCUGGUCUUGCUGUCUGGUUCCUACGUCACCCUGGUCUUCUACACAAGGACCUUCUCCAACGCCAUCGAGGGACUGCUCUUUGCCUGGCUGCUGGUACUGGUAUCGCCCCGUGUGGCUCCGAGCCCCGCACCCGGGAAGCCCGCUCGAGGCUCGUGGUGGCACAGCUGGCUUCUGGGGACCAUCGUGGCUGCCGGCUUCUUCAACCGGCCCACCUUUCCGGCCUUCGCUCUGGUUCCCGUGUUCCUCUGGGGCAUUUGUGGGGCCACGAACUCUGCCUUCAAGUCACUGACCAAGGCAGCCCUGGGGCUCCUCCCAGGCGCGACCCUCACAGCAGCAGUGUUUGUGGCUGCGGACAGCUGGUAUUUCUCCAGUCCGUUUACCAAAAGACCCAAUACCCUUGUCCUGACACCUGCCAACUUCUUGCAGUACAACCUGGAUCCUCAAAACCUGGAGAGGCACGGAACGCACCUGCGGCUCACCCACCUGGCCGCCAAUGGCUUCCUGCUCUUCGGGACGCUGCAUGCCCAGGCCCUGCGGGCGGGGUGGCACCAGCUGCGCGUCUGCCGCCAGGUCCUGGUACAGAUGCACUCCCUGAGGGUGUGGGAUGCCCGGAGACUGCUGCCCGGCCCCAGCUCUCACCUCCUGCUCCUCUACUUCACGCCCCUAGCACUGCUGUCUGCUUUUAGCCACCAGGAGGCUCGGUUCCUGAUCCCCCUUCUGGUCCCCCUGGUCCUGCUCUGUAGUCCACAGACUCAACCUGUGCCCUGCAAGGGCACCCUGGUCCUCUUCAAUGCCCUGGGCGCCCUCCUCUUCGGCUGCCUGCACCAGGGGGGCGUCGUGCCCGGCCUGGAGCACCUGGAGCGGGUGGUUCAUGCGCCUGUGCUCCCGAACGUACCUACCCACUACACACUCCUCUUCACCCACACCUACAUGCCCCCGCGGCACCUCUUACACCUCCCAGCGCCGGGGUCACUCGUGGAGGUGAUGGAAAUGGGUGGGUCUGAGGAUCCGGUCCUGUGCCAAACCCUGAACAACUUCACCCGACAACCGGCCUGCCAGGUGGCCGGUGGGCCGUGGCUCUGCCGCCUUUUUGUGGUGACGCCCGGCACCACCAGGCCUGCCACGGAGAAGUGCAGCUUCCCCCUCAAGAGUGAGACCCUUGUGUUUCCCCACUUGACCCUUGAGGACCCACCGGCCAUGUCCUCCCUGCUGAGCGGGGCUUGGAGGGACCAUCUCAGCCUUCACAUCCUAGAGCUGGGGGAGAAGCCGGACAACACGACAGAGAACCCGUGGCUGUAGAUGACGACCCCACCCCACCUUCUCUUUGGGAAGCUGGGCUGGGGCAGAGUCUGGCUCUCUCCCGUUCCCUUCCCAUCCAGAAUGCCCACCCCUGCCUCUCCUGUCCACAGCCCUUGCUUUACUUUCUGGGGAAUCUGGCACCCUUCUCCCCUCAAAGACCAAAGAUCUGGCCAGUCACAGCCCUGAUGCCAAGGCCCGGAUGCCCCCAGAGGAUCUGGUAUAACCAGUCGGUCCCUAAUGUUGGUCCCUGCCCUAUUCCUUCCAGAAACUGUGAUGUUUGAAAUAUAUAAUAGCACCUUGUUGUGAAGAA